AAAUUAGCACGUGAUGGAACAAAAUAAAAGCAAAGCAACCAGGAACUCACAGACCUUGACCAUCACCUCCUCUAUCGACGACCACAAGUGCAGCUUAAAGAGAGUGCACAGGCCAUGAUGUUUGGGAUCUUGCUGUUUGUUGUGUGUUGUAGCGCAGCACUGGCCCAUUUCAACACAAAUCUAGACCAGCACUGGGAGUUGUGGAAGAAGACGCAUAACAAGUUUUACUCCAGUAAGUAUGAGGAUUUGGGAAGGAGGGAGUUAUGGGAGAGAAACCUUGAACUUAUCGCCCUUCACAAUCUGGAGGCCUCCAUGGGCCUGCAUUCAUAUGACCUGGGCAUGAACCACAUGGGUGACAUGACAACAGAAGAGAUCCUACAAAUGUUAGCUACAACUCGUGUCCCUCCUGGCUUUAAGAGACAAGCACCAGAAUUUGUGGGCUCUUCUGGAGCUGCAAUCCCAGACUCUGUAGACUGGAGAGAGGGAUAUGUCUCCAGUGUGAAGAUGCAGGGUGCAUGUGGUUCGUGUUGGGCGUUCAGCUCUGUUGGGGCUCUUGAAGGUCAGCUGAUGAAGACCACAGGAAAGCUGGUCGAACUCAGUCCUCAGAAUCUGGUGGACUGUUCCUCCAGUUAUGGCACCCAAGGCUGCAAUGGUGGUUGGAUGAAUGAUGCCUUCCAGUAUGUUAUUGGUAAUGGAGGAAUAGACUCAGAGUCAUCUUACCCUUAUGAAGGAGUGCAAGGGCAGUGCAGAUACAAUCCAUCCCAUCGUGCAGCAAACUGCUCCAAGUACUAUAAUGUCCAUCAGGGAGAUGAGGAGGCCCUGAAGCAGGCUGUUGCCAACAUUGGACCAAUUUCAGUGGCCAUUGAUGCUACUCGCCCUCAGUUUAUCAUGUAUCGCAGUGGAGUUUAUAAUGAUCCAUCCUGCACCAAAAACAUAAACCAUGCAGUGCUGGUUGUGGGAUAUGGUGCGAUUGCUGGACAGGACUUUUGGCUGGUCAAAAACAGUUGGGGUACCGGAUUUGGAGAUGGUGGCUACAUCCGUAUGGCCAGAAAUCAGAACAACAUGUGUGGCAUUGCCUCAUACGCCAGCUAUCCUGUUAUGUAACUGAAGUCCUGUUGAAAUCAAAAUAAAAAUAAGAUUUAAGAUUUAUUUUUUUAAUAUUCUCAUUUAUAUUCUCUUAAAUUCCAUUGUCUUUUUUAAUCCAUCAUAUGAGUGUGUUUUUGGUAAAGCUUGAAGAGGAAAUAUGCUUUCGCUCUAUUCAGUCAAAUGAAUUGUUUUUAUUUAGUGAAACAUCACGACAAACAGUUUUACACAAGGUAUUAAAGGAUUUUUCAAGAUCAGCA